GCUGAGACGCUGUUGUGAUGAGGAUGGUGAGCGAUGACGCUUUAAAAAGAGCCUCUCGGUCCCCGCGUGCACGGCUUAAUCACGUGUUCACAUACGUAGCUGCACCUUUGCGAGUUACCGGCUAUUGGAGUGUGUUGACGUUGUAACCCGGUGUCAGGGCGUCCCGUGAAGAGCUUGCUGGCGUAAUAAAAUAAAUGAAGAUGAGAGACCGUUGAACAAACCGAGAAGAUGCGCUGCGUGAGUUUGUUUCUGAUGAUAACGGUGGCUAGUGAUGCAGCGACUGACCUUUACGUGACAAGAGCAUCUCUCCCACCAGAGCUGGUUGUCAGCGCCGCACCUGCGGUUACAACUCCCGCCGGCUCCCGUUAUACUCCAGACAGUUACGGGCGUCCCGGGAUUGCGCUCGCCCGGUCUGCGGAGGAGCCAGCCAGCACGAGCACAGAGGACGGAGAGUCCUCUCACAUCCACGGAGGGGGUUACAAGAUAGUGCAGUGGGAAUGGAGCUACGUGCAGACACCUUACAUUAUAGCCAUCUGGCUUUUGGUUGGCAGUGUGGCGAAAAUACUAUUCCACUUCUCUCAGCGUUUUACCACAGCAGUUCCAGAGAGCUGUAUGCUGAUUCUGUUGGGUCUGGUUCUGGGUGCAGUGGUCCUCAUCGCCAGCAAACAGCAGCCCUAUCAACUGGACCCAGGGCUAUUUUUCCUCUUUCUCCUGCCAACUAUAGUGGGGGAUGCUGGGUAUUUCAUGCCAGCGCGGCUCUUCUUUGACAACUUGGGUGCUAUUUUGAUGUAUGCUGUGGUAGGCACAUUGUGGAAUUCCUUUUGCACUGGAUUCUGUCUCUAUGGAGUAAAGUUGGCAGGAAUCAUAGAUGAAAAAGUAGAGGCCGGUUUAAUGGAGUUUUUGUUGUUUGGAGCUCUGAUCUCAGCUGUGGAUCCUGUAGCAGUGAUCGCUGUCUUUGAAGAAGUCCAUGUGAAUGAGAUGCUCUUUAUCAUUGUCUUUGGCGAGUCAUUGCUCAAUGAUGCUGUCACUGUGGUCUUAUAUAAAGUAUAUAUAUCCUUUGUGGAGGUGGGACCAGGGAAUGUCCAUACUGCAGACUAUUUUAAAGGAAUUGCCUCAUUCCUCAUUGUCAGUAUUGGAGGAACUUUGGUUGGUCUCAUCUUUGCCGUUAUUCUGGCCUUUGGCACUCGUUUUACGAAGAAGGUGCGCAUCAUAGAGCCACUGUUUGUCUUCCUGUUGGUUUACCUGGCCUACCUAACAGCAGAACUCUUCUCUCUUUCCGCCAUUCUUUCGAUGACUUUCUGUGGCAUUGGAUGCAACAAGUAUGUGGAGGCCAAUAUAUCCCAGAAGUCCCGGACCACUGUGAAGUACACCAUGAAAACCCUGGCCAGCAUUGCAGAGACAAUCAUCUUCAUAUUUUUGGGUAUCUCAGCUGUGAACAAAUCCAAAUGGGCCUGGGACACUGGCCUUAUCAUCAGCACACUCAUAUUUAUCUUCGUCUUCAGGGCCAUAGGUGUUGUAGGACAGACUUGGUUCCUUAACUGGUUCAGAUUGGUUCCCCUGGAUAAGAUUGAUCAAGUGGUGAUGUCAUAUGGUGGCCUGCGAGGUGCUGUAGCCUUUGCACUGGUCGUACUUUUAGAUAAAGAUCAGGUGAAAGCAAAAGACUACUUUGUGGCAACAACUAUAGUUGUGGUUUUCUUCACUGUCAUGUUUCAGGGUUUAACCAUCAAGCCUUUAGUGAAAUGGUUGAAAGUGCCACGCAGCACAAACAGAAAACCCACUAUUAAUGAAGAGAUCCAUGAGCGUGCGUUUGACCACAUUCUGACAGCUGUUGAGGACAUUGCUGGUCUGAAUGGCUACCAUCACUGGAGGGACAAGUGGGAGCAGUUUGACAAGAACUACUUGAGUAAGUUGCUGUUGAGAAAGUCUGUUUACCAUAAGAGUGAGCUGUGGGAGGCCUAUCAGAAAAUCAACAUCAGAGAUGCCAUCAGUGUCAUUGAUCAGGGUGGGAAUGUAUUGACCUCUGCUAGACUUUCUCUACCUUCUAUGGCUAGCAGAGCAUCUUUCCCAGAGGUCACGAAUGUGACCAACUACCUGAGGGAGAAUGGCAGCGGGGUGUGUCUAGACCUACAGGUGAUUGACACAGUGCCAGGAGCCAAGAUAGAGGAGGAGUACGAGACACAUCAUGUACUUGCAGGAAACCUCUACAAACCCAGGAGAUGGUACCAUUCCCACUACAGUCGCCACUUUAUGACAGUGGGGGACAAAGAGAGACAGGACAGGGAGGUGUUCCAGAGGAAUAUGCAUAACCGCCUUGAGUCCUUCAAAUCUACUCGCUACAAGCGCCACAAGAAGGACCGCAGUCAGAAAAAGAGGAAAGGGUCAGAUGCUAAAGAACAGGACAUAAACGACAAACCCAGACGAAAUGUGAGCUGGCAGGACAAAGACCCAGUUGUGGUUCCUCUAGCCCCUGAGGAGGAGAAUCUUGAUCCUUCUGAACCAGAUAAAGAUGAGGAUGUGGGGAUCACUUUUGUGGCUCGCAAGGCCCCAGAAACACCAAAGGAGAGACCAAAAUCAGUGCCAGCUGCACUGGAUAUGUGUCAAAGCCCAGUUGCAGCCCCUCCCUCGCUCACAUGUGGAGAGAAAAACCUACCAUGGAAAAGUGGCAUGGGUUCCCUCCCUCCUUGUGUGUCAGUGGAGGCCACUAAGAUUAUCCCUAUAGACCUGCAGCAGGCAUGGGAUCAGAGCAUGUCCUCUCUGGAGAGCCUGGCUUCUCCUCCAGAGCCUCAGCUACCACGCGUCAGUGCCCUCUCUAAGCUUGGAGGACCCCUGCGGACCCCUGUGAAAGGAAACAUUGAUGGUGGUGGAGGGAUAGGACCAGCAAGUAGUGCAACAGGCCCAAGUUCAGGGCAGUUUCCAUUCCCUAAAGGGAAGGAGGAAGAGGAGGAAUGCCCCUUCUCUCAGCAGCAGCAGGAAAUGCAGCCGCUAAUGUCAUCUUUGAGGCCACCACUCCCACCACCUUCGCCGCCUGCUGAUGCUGCUGCACCAGCUGCUGGAAAGAGACGGAAUCCUCGUGUUUAUCUUCGGAGUCUCGUGACAGCACCACCUUCGAGUGCGGAAAAACACAGCAGUCGACCAACCCAACUGUAGAAUCUCAUUCUCUCAUUCCAGCGGUCUCUUUCUUCUGUUUCGGACAUCAUUCAUCAUUCACUGUACCAUUCACUUCAUCGGCACCGAUGUUCCCUGCUAAGGCCAAACUGGCAACAGCCGAGGGUCCAGUUCUGGUGUGUACAGGGCAGUUCCUCUCACACAGGAAAUCUAUUCCACUUUCCAUGUUUUUUGUUUGCUUUGUAGUUAGUUUGAAGUGCUCUGCCCUGUAUUAUAUAUGUCUGUGAGUGUCAAAGUGUAAAUCUAUUGAAUAUAUAAAGGCUAAACCACAUUCCAAGAAUAAUGGUUUAUUAUUUAAACUUGAAAGUAGCCAGUCCAUUGCAAAUCAAAACAAAAGACUGAGUGAAAAUUAGCUAUUCUUUUUUUUUUUUUUGUGGUUGACUGGGAUGAAAAAGUAACACAGUGAGCACGUUUAGAUGCAUGCCACUUAGCUGCACCGAUUAUACUUAAUAAGCCGAAAACGUGAGGUCAUGUAAAUGGAUUAAACAGCUUUACUUUACCGGUGUAAGGUCACAAACUGCUUAAGAAUAAACCGAACAACACGGGUAGGUUUUUGUCCAGUACCCCAAUUUUGCAUUGCUUGUAAACACCUUUAUCAGCAUUUAUACCGACUUAUCCAAUGAACACAAGUGUUGUGCACAUGCCUUCUCACGGAUUGCCGUCAAAAGCAGAGAAUAAGGCCUAGUCCACACUAUUAAGUUUUCGUUUAAAAACUCAACUUUUUCUCUCUAUUUUGGCCUUCCGUCCACACUGAGACAGCGUGAACUGAGCUUUUUGAAAACGCACUCCACAGUGGAUAUAUUUGAAAACGCUGUUUUCGCAUUGUAGUGUGGACUGUGAAAACGGAUGCUUUGGAAAACGAUGAUGCAUUUUUAGUAAUGUGAUCUAUCCAACCAAAACAAUCAAGAUGGCGACUUGUGUUAUAGCGGCACUGUUGUGCCUGAUACUCACUUUUAUAGCGUUGUUAAAAAAUAAAUGUAAUUUUGUACAACCUUCACAUUGCAUUCCUUCAAACGCGAAGGGAAGUUUACUCGGAAUUGGUGUCCGGCGACGGAACACGAUCGAGGACAAUUGCUCUUCAGACCGUACAUGCAGCGGGGAUUUUCUACAUGCGCAGUGACAUGAUUUAAGCAUUUUCAAAUGUUUCUGUUUGGAGCAACUUUUGGAAAACGCUUGAAAACGUUAGUGUGAACAGAGAGUGUUUUGAAACGAAAACGCCGUUUUCAAAUGUAUCCGGAUUAAUAUAGACGUAGCCUAACUCCAUUAUUUCAAAUCUCAUGUAAAAUACGGUUUCUUGCUUUGCUGAUUUUUUUAACAGGCUGAUUUUUGGGAGUUAUCAGCUACUGGUGAGCAUGUAAACAGGCCCAUUGUUUUAUAACAAAUCACAGAAAGCACAUUGCAAUUAGGGACGCAUGUAUUCAGUCCUACUUGCUCAGUUGGCAACAGUGUCAGCCAUAUCAUCGUUAUUUCUUACAUCAUGUGUUGUUGGAUAGCUCCCAGUAGGUUGCCAAUAUGCAAACCCACUCCAACUACAUUGUGAUAUGCAACCUUAGGCAAGUAAUUAAUAAUGGUUGUCAUUGGGAACAGUCAUGCUGUGGAUGAUCCAUCAGCUUCUAUGCAGAACAUUACCUGUUUUCUCUGCUUUUGUUUUGGCAACAAGCAUAGUCUCUAAUAUGUUUUAAUUUAUGUUGUAUGUUUGUUUGUUUUUAUGCCUUUUAUGCUUAGAAUUGUUAAUUAACAGUUUUCUGUAUUUUAAUCCACAAAGCCACAUAUACCCAGUGUAAACAUUUUUUUUAUUUUAUCCUUUCAUUCUUGUCCAUAAUUACAAAAUUUUUAAAUCUUUAUUUUUCAGAUGUGACCAUGUUUAUAAUCAUGGUAAAUGAUUAUUUAAUUAUUGGUCUUUGGUGUGCUUUAUCAGUAGUAGGCGGCAGGAACACGUAAUGCACGACACAUCUAUGUCAUUUUAUUACACUUCUUUCAUUGAGGUUAAGUUGAACCAGCCAUAUAUAGACACAAAGGCUCAGAGAUAGAUCUAAAUACAGCAUAAACAGUAUUUCUAUAUGUUGUUGCUAAAAAUAAUUAUUUGUUGUUAUUUGCAGAAUGAUAAAGACAUAUAUAGACUCCCAGUCUAUUGCUCUAAACACAGUGUAUGUUGUCAUGGUAUUAUAAACAGAAUUUAGGUUUUGCACUUAAAUGAAAAGCCAUUUAGCUCAAAUGUUUCUGUGUUGUUGUUUAAGCUGCUAUUUGGUAUUGCUGUGUUAUUCUGUGGAUAUAUUGAGGAUAGUUGUGCCUUUAGAGGGAGAGGGUGAGAUGCUUAGAAAGAGUCCUAAUUUUUUUCACACCCUUAUAUUACAUUUACAUGUAUUCAUUAAGCAGAUGUCUUUAUUUAAAGCGAUUUACAAAUUAAAUAAAAUUGGAAUUAAAUUACCAACCCAUUAAAUUAACAUGGAAAUUGUUUAUUUUUGUAGGUAUUUAUAAUGCAUCUAUGUGCCAAAUGUUGACUUUGGAUAGCUUCCAGGAAUAAAGUUAACAUAUAAAAAGAACAUACAUUUUGAAUUAUGCUAGUUUUUGUCUCAUCUAUGAACCUUAAAGGUGCACUUAGUAUUUUUUGUAAUAUGUAGUCUCGGGCUUACACUGACAUCUAGGGAUGUGGGUCAAAAUCUUUUGUUUUAGUUACUAAUGCUAAUUUCUAUUCAAUAUUCACAGUCAGUCAUGAUUAAUUUAAUCCAUGAGUGAAAAUCCAAUAACAGGACGGUUACUGAGAUAAAUCGAGUAGUAAUCAGCUGGUCAUGUGAUCCUAACAUGGCAGCCCCCAUGAGGGGAUCCUCGUAAUGUAGAAUAAAACAGCUUUUAUAAGGUUAAUGAUUUAACUGUAGUCUUCAUCUCAUGUGAGUGCUCAUGUAUAUUUUUAUACAUAUGUUUUAAAAUAACAGUUCAUUUCUUUGUGAGUCACUUUACUGAGUUUACACAGUUUACUGAGGACAAAAUUACUAAGUGCACUAUUAAUUUGACUUUUUUACUGUUUAGAUAAAAGACAAUGUUCUUUAUACUUUCCAGUGUGCUUUGUUUUCAACUGGGCUUUCUUUGGUUGAAGAGGUAGGUCCUCAGAGGAGGCCCAGUGAAGGGAACCUUUGGUGAAUAAUGAAGCUAUAUUCCCCUUUCAACCCAGCCGUCCCAAUGGUCUAGGUAGGGCUUCCCUCAUUUGCCCUUAAAAGACUACUGUGCAUUUAUGUGCUAAUGUGCCAUUUUCCCUUCUUCAAACCCUGAAACAGAUCCGAGCCAGCAACAAAGUCACUGGCGAGAGAACAAAAGUUAGAUUUUAAUGUGGAGACUGAGUCCACAAAGUCGCUUUCCCACCUGACAAAAUAUCAGAUUUCUCUGUUAUUGCCUUUUCAAAGUAAUCUGGUUGUUUCACUGGUUAUGUUAAUGACACAUGAUCUCUGUAUUUUAUUUCAUGUUAUAUUAUUACUACAACAGCAAUAUUAUAAGAGACACCAAUGUUCCAAUAGUAUUUGCUAUUAAUAUCUGAAUAAAUAAUUCUUCCACCAAGUAAUAUAUUUCGCUGUCUUAUGCUAUUUACAUUAUUACCUUGCAUUGUACUAAAUACGCGCUUUAAUUACAAAAUGUAUUACAAUGGCUUUAAACAUUCCUAUCCUAUCAAAAA